AUGAGUGCUAGAAGACUUACGCCGGUUGAAGAAGAUGUCUUGGCUCUUGGAUUAAAUUUCGCUGUGGUACCCUGUGUUCUUCCUAAAGAAGAAUUCGUACAACGUUUGGAACCGAAGUUAUACCACAUGGCGAACGAUGAAGCUAGUAACAUCCGUGUCCAAAUCACCGAGGUUCUACGACGUCCAACGCUUCCAGCUUCGAAUUUAACCAAGAAUAAGAAGGAUGCAUUGAAAAACUUAAGAGCAGAUAAGUCAAUACAUAUUUUAAAGGCUGAUAAGGGUAAUGCUACGGUUAUUUUAGAUCGUCUAGAAUAUGAUAAUAAAAUCCUGGUUCUUUUAAACACUUCAACUUAUAAAGAGCUUAAAAGAGACCCUACAGCUAACAUUGAACGUAAAAUAUGUUCCAAACUAUCUGGUUUUAAAAAGGCAGGUAUUUUGUCUCAAACACUUCAUAACUGUUUGAGACCUUCAGCUACUGUUUCUCCAAAAUUUUAUGGUUUACCUAAGAUACAUAAACCUAAUGUCCCACUAAGACCUAUUGUAGCGUCCAUAGGUUCGCCAACGUAUGCCCUGGCUAAAUAUCUCGCUGAGAUAUUGAAACCAAUUGUUGGAAAAACAGAUCAUCAUGUAGUAAAUUCUAAAGAAUUUGUAACAAAAAUGGAACAAAUUAGAUUGGGUAAGAAUGACAUUCUGGUAAGUUUUGACGUAGUUAGCUUGUUCACUAAUGUUCCAGUUGAAGAGGCUUGUAAUAUUGAUGAGGCUUGUAAUUAUAGACUUCUUUCAGAUAUUACAUUAUCUCAAAGAACUAAUAUUUCUCCUGAGAAUGUUCAUGAUUUGUUGAAACUAUGUUUGACCACGACAUGUUUUCAAUGGCAGGAGAAAUUCUAUGAACAAACAAACGGUGCUCCAAUGGGAAGUCCAUUGUCGCCUGUUAUGGCUAAUUUGUUCAUGGAGGAAUUUGAAAAGAAGGCCUUACCUACUGCAAAGUUGAAACCAGGUUUCUGGUUCAGCUACAUGGAUGAUACAUUGAGUAGCUGGUCUCAUGGACUAGAUAAUUUACAAAAGUUUCUAGACCACAUUAAUAGUUUGCAUCCAUCGAUCAAGUUUACUUUUGAAGUACAGAAGGAUGAUAAAACUAUACCGUUCUUAGAUGUUCUUUUCACUAUACAUGAUGAUGGGUCGCUAGGACAUAAGGUUUAUAGGAAACCAACACAUACAGACAGGUAUCUGCAUUAUAAUUCAUUUCAUCAUCCUAGUAUUAAAAACUCUGUGUGCAAGACACUCAUCAACCGAGCGAAAACAAUUUGUGAGGUAAGUAACAUUGACGAUGAAUUAGAACAUUUAAGAAAUGUUCUAAAAAUGAAUGGUUACCCACGUCAUUUCAUAGAUAAUGCUAUGAAAACACCACAAAGUAUACAGCAGAAGAUUGAAUAUCAGUCGUCUGUUUGUCUACCAUACAUUGGUCCGGCUUCACACAAAAUCGAAAGAAUUUUGAGGAAUGAAGCAGGUAUAAAGGUAUACCAUUCCAGCGAAAACAAAUUGUUUCGAGCUCUUUGCACACAUAAGGACAACGUAAAUGAAUCUCAGAAACCUGGUGUGUACCGCAUUCCUUGUGAAUGUGGUCUGGUUUACAUUGGUGAAACUGGUCGAAAUCUCUCAGUACGUCUUAAGGAACACAAGAUGAAUUGCGAGAAAGCCGAGCAAGAUGAAUCUGCUGUGGCUAAACAUCUUGGACUUACGACCAUCGUAUAAAAUGGGACGAAGCAACCAUUUUGGCGAUUGAUAGUCAUAAGUUCUCUUGCAAAAUGAGAGAGUCAAUUGAAAUCGAGAAGCACAACACUAUAGAUCAGGAGGGAAAGCCACUAGAUAGUACGUGGCGAAACAAGUCACAUAUUAUUAGCACUGAUGAAGAUCCGGGCUUACGGAUCGAAAGCUUUGCAGUAAUAAAUUUACGUGGUGUUUCCACAAACAAAAACAAUUAGAUACUAUAUACUCGAACAAUGUAAAAUAGUCAUAAAAUAUAAACUAGCCAUACUCGAACAAUGUAUUAAACUAGCUAUACUAUACCUAUAUACAAUACACUCGAACAAUGUAAACAAUGUACGACAAUGUAUCACUAAGCCAUACCUUUUGCCGAAUAUAACUUUGGCCCCUUUCAACCUAUCAUUUUUAUAAUAUUCUUGUUCGAAUCACAAUCCAAGACACUAUUAAAAGUGUUAUUUUCAAGUUUGUAUCUACGAUUUGCAACUUUUAUUUCGGUAUUUCAGAAUAUCUAAAUUUUACAUGAGAAGUUUGACCGGAAAUACAGCUUGACCACCUUGACAUAUUGAAGCAAUGCGAUGUUUACAUCCUGGCACUCGGGAAACGUCGGAGAUCGAUUCUAAAGAUCAUAUUACCCUUUCAUGUAACGUGAUUUGCACGUGCAUCGGGGCUAUGGUGCUUAUUAUUGGCCAAUUUUAGCGCGUGACACGCGCGUGCAAGUAACAACACGAUAUUCUGAAAAAUUCAAAAUAAAUAUUUCUAGUCCGCACUUGAAUACAAGGAGUAUUUCACUCCUAUUGA